UCCUCCUUCCCUCUCCCAGUGUCCUGCAGCUGACGGAGGACAGAGGACAACAUGUCUGCAGUUACGGGCACCUUCCGCAUCGUCUCGGAGGAGGAGCAGGCCCUGCGCACCAAGCUGGAGCGCCUGACCACCAAGGACCACGGCCCCGUCUUCGGGAGGUGUGAGAAGAUCCCCCCGCACACCCUGCAGAAGGCGAAGGACGAGCUGAACGAGACGGAGGAGCAGAGGGAGGUGGCGGUGAAGGCGCUGCGGGAGCUGGUGCGGGAGCGGGCGGGCAGCGAGGACGUGUGCAAGGUGGUGGCUGAGAAGAUGCAGGGGAAGGACGACUCCUUCUUCCUCCGCUUCAUCCGCGCCCGCAAGUUUGACGUCCACAGGGCCUACGACCUGCUGAAAGGCUACGUGAACUUCCGCCAGCAGUACCCCGAGCUCUUUGACAACCUGACCCCCGAGGCCGUGCGCAGCACCAUCGAGGCUGGCUACCCUGGCCUCCUGUCCAGCAGAGACAAGUACGGCCGGGUGGUGAUGCUCUUCAACAUCGAGAACUGGGAUUACGAGGAGAUCACCUUCGAUGAGAUCCUUCGUGCCUAUUGUGUUAUCUUGGAGAAGCUGCUGGAAAAUGAAGAGACCCAGAUCAACGGGUUCUGCAUCAUUGAGAACUUCAAGGGCUUCACCAUGCAGCAGGCAUCAGGGAUCAAACCCUCUGAGCUCAAGAAGAUGGUGGACAUGCUGCAGGACUCCUUCCCAGCACGGUUCAAGGCUGUCCACUUCAUCCACCAGCCUUGGUACUUCACCACCACCUACAACGUGGUCAAGCCGUUCCUGAAGAGCAAGCUGCUGGAGAGGGUCUUUGUGCACGGGGACGAGCUGGAGUCCUUCUACCAGGAGAUCGACGCCGAUAUCUUGCCAGCAGACUUCGGUGGCAACCUGCCCAAGUAUGACGGCAAAGCAACUGCAGAGAAGCUCUUUGGGCCCCGUGUCGAGGCUGAAGACACAGCUCUCUAAAGGGGCCCGCUCUCCCUCCCCUGUAAGAUAGGAUGGGAGGUGGCCUCCAACCCCAGCCACCUCCUCCCCGUAGCGUUGGCUGAACGGCUGCUCGUGACGAGGCGCUCCGGGCACGCUGCUCCCUGCCUGUCCCUCCCCUCCCCAAACCUGGCAGCAGGCUGCCCGGC